CACUAUAUAUUGAAAAAUACUCCCUCUUCCAUGUCGUGUCCCGUCCUUCACACCGUUCAACACCUUCAACUCAUGUGUGCACUCACAUAGUUGCAUGCGAUUAUUUUCCACGUGAAGCUAGCGGUGGCUAUAUAUACGUGCGCGCCCUAGCCAGCGAUACACACAUCCAAACCAUUUCCCAUAUACUAGCAUUGAUUGCCGAGAAGAUCUUGUCCAUCGCCAUUUGCCACUAAUACCAUCGCUCCAUCGCCAACUCCGCUAGCCUGCUAAGGAGACUCAAUGCCGUCCCUGGCGAAAGCUGCGGCGUCCAUGGAUCACGCGGUGGAGGGCGCCAUGAGCACCACCCUGCUGAGCCUUCUCGGCGUCACGGCCAAGUCGGAGAAGGGCGCGGCGGCAGCGGACGACAAGGUGGAGUGGCUCCGGUCGCAGCUCAUCGGCAAGGACGUUGAGUUCGACACGCCGUUCGGGCGCCGCGCGCUGACCUACGCCGACCAGACGGCGUCGGGCCGGAGCCUGAGCUACAUCGAGGACUACCUUGUGAAGGAGGUCCUCCCGUUCUACGGGAACACGCACACGGAGGACAGCCACGUCGGGAGCAAGACGACGCGGCUGGUGCACAAGGCGGCGCGCUACAUCAAGCGCUGCAUGGGCGCCGGCCCCGGCGACGCGCUGCUCUUCUGCGGCGCCGGCACCACGGCGGCCAUCAAGCGCCUGCAGGAGGUCAUCGGCGUGGCGCUGCCGUCCGUCGAGAUGCGCGACCGGCUCUCGGCGCAGCUGCGCGCCGAGGAGCGCUGGGUGGUCUUCGUCGGGCCGUACGAGCACCACUCCAACCUUCUCUCGUGGCGGCGGAGCCUGGCGGAGGUGGUCGAGAUCGGCGUCGACGCUGACGGACUCGUGGACGUGGCCGCGCUCCGCCGCGCGCUCGCAUCGCCGGUGUACGCGGACCGGCCGAUGCUGGGGUCCUUCUCGGCGUGCAGCAACGUCACCGGCGUCAUGACGGACACGCGCGAGAUCGCCCGCGUUCUGCACCACCACGGCGCGUUCGCGUGCUUCGACUUCGCCGCGAGUGGACCCUAUGUCAAAAUUGAUAUGAAGUCUGGUGAAAUCGAUGGGUACGACGCCGUUUUCUUGAGCCCUCACAAAUUUGUCGGGGGGCCUGGCACACCGGGCAUCCUUUUGAUGAACAAAUCACUGUAUAGGCUCAAUUCUCAGCCUCCCUCGACGUGCGGAGGUGGCACAGUGGCCUAUGUCAAUGGAUUCAAUGAAGAGGAUACAUUGUACUACGACGAUAUCGAGGAGCGGGAGGAUGCUGGCACACCGCCGAUAUUACAAAAGAUCCGUGCAUCACUUGCAUUUUGGGUGAAGGAGUAUGUUGGUUAUGACACGAUGGACCUUCGUGAGCGAGUGUUCUCAGAGGUGGCAAUGAAAAGGCUUGCCCAUAAUCCAAAUGUUAGGGUGCUAGGCAACACAAGUGCCCAUCGUCUACCAAUCUUCUCAUUCCUAAUCUACCCGUCAGUGACCGUGACGAAGAAGCCAUUUGAUGAUUUUGGUGAGCCUGGUUGUGCUAAACCAUUGGAGACGAUGAGACGCAAGCAACUACCCCUCCACGGUCGUUUUGUGACUAGGCUUUUGAACGAUCUUUUUGGCAUCCAGGCGAGGGGAGGUUGUGCUUGUGCAGGUCCCUAUGGUCACAUCUUGCUUGAUGUCGACGACGAGCUCUCACUUCGCAUUCGUUCUGCUGUCCUUGAGGGUUACAGUGGACUGAAGCCAGGAUGGACCAGAUUGAGCUUUAGUUACUACCUCUCCACAGAGGAGUUUAAAUUCAUCCUUUCAGCCAUCGAGUUCAUAGCGACAUAUGGGCACCGCUUCCUCCCUUUGUACAAUUUCGACUGGAUCACUGGCAACUGGACCUUUCGGAAACAGGCAGUCAAGUACCACCUCAUGAGGGAGGAAUUGUCUCUUGGAAUAGAACCAUUGAAGCACGAAAAUGAACAGCCAAAGCUUGCAGAUAAGAUGGACAAGCCUGAGGUCAAUCAUAAGAAGUUCCAGAGCUACUUAGAGAGUGCCAAGAAAAUUGCACUAACCAUGCCAGACAUUAGUAAUCAGAUUGCCAGCAUUCCAAAAGGGGUAGACCCUGACUUAGUUCUUUUCCAUAUAUAGAACUAUAGAUACAUAAUGUAAUUUUGGUAGAGCAUCUCGCCAGUUACCACUGUUAGUUUAUUCUUGAUAUCCAAGCAUUAGCCCGAGUUGCAGUGAGAAGCUGCCCUUUAACACAUUAGAAAAUAAAUGUGUAAAUAAGAUGGAUGACAAUUUAUGAAAAUGUUGUUUUCUAUAUCAGAACAUUUUUUUUAUAUGCUGGUCUAUUUAUUUCUCAUUGUAAAACUACAAAAAGUCUACUUUUUUUGGCUUUUUAUAAGAGAAGUAAAAGGCUAUGUUUUGGUCUAUUUCUCACGGUAACUCGAGAUUUUCUUUCUUACGACGUACCAUUUUACCAUUUUGCCAGGCAGCAUAAUUUUAUGUUAGCUAACUACAUUGCACAUACUAGUAAAUGAUGUCCUCAAUUUACACUCUGAUGUACCAGCUGAUUUAACUGUUUUGCUUCCAGACGCUGGACCAAUAAUGAUAGUUGUGCCAACUGGCAGCUCGAUUAAUUACCAGUGUGCAAUGAUCGCGACCUAACAAUCGCACUUCAUGGCCGAAGACUAUCGGAAUAUGAUCUUGAAUACUCCCUUCAAUCCAUAUUAUUUGUCGAUACAAAGUUGUAUUAAAUUGGCAAGUAGCAUUGAUUGGACGGGGUAUUUGAUUAUGACGACUGGUCGAUCUUCCGAAUGGUCAAACGUGAUACAUUGGUAGAUAAGCGUGCACGUUGGUUUAUUUAAGAUAACUGAACAGCGACUCGAACAAAUUAAUUGCACUCUCCUUGCCGGAAUGGACCUGGAACGGUGCAUCCAUAAAUAAAUUCCGGUGCACAGCGAAAGGGGUGUAGCAAUGGAGCAUCGCUCUGACAGCUUACGUUCCUUGGUUACCAGGAACGGUCCUGUGGCAGACGCUAUCCGCACACUCCGCUCCCAGGCAAAUGCGACAUGAAUUAUGAAUGCGACUGUGCUGCGGGUACAGAAUGACAGAAUGUGGAGUUUUUCCGGCAAAUGAUCAAGAGGUGCGAUAGUGAUCGCAUGCGGUACGGCGGUGCCAACCCCGUUUUUCUUCGUGUCCUUGCAGAUUUCGCUGUCGCGCUGAUCAAUCUGAACCACAGGAACAGUCGCGGGAGAAUUUGUAAAGACCGCGACCCUCUGGCCGGCAUCCCGCGUUCCUAUUCCUGGAGGAAUUGAGGAAUUCCAGCCGGAUGCACGUUGGUCACAUAGGCAUACGCACGCACGCACGCACGCACUACAAAGAUUAUCGAGAAGUCGGAAGUGGAUACCAUUCUUGAUAAAACAAAGGAGAGACGCGCAAAAUAAACACGAUAUGACUAGUGAUAGCGCAAGUAAUACUAAGCUAAACUAAAAUGAGAGGUAAACAGGUCUUUUCUUUUUCUUUCAUGAUAAUACGUGUCACAUUUAUAUUAUAAAGAUCAAAGUACAUGUCACGUAAAGACCGUGACAAAACCAAAAAGAUAGCAGAACAUCUCUGAGCUUAACAUCAACGCUCGUCACCUGCCUCCGGCACUACCACAGCAGCCACCGAAGAAAAGAUUGACGAAUCACCUCCACACCCGAGCUCGACACGGCUCCAUUGCUGAUAUGCAGUUUUGCGGACCUCCAAGGUGGCUCACCAAAAGUGAAGCCCUUGCCGCUGGGGCAACACCCCGCACACACCAUCAAACUCCAGAUCUGGCACCCCACCACGACUUAAGACGCCGAAGGAGAAAACCAUACCUGCCGUCCACGAACCACGAGCCCAGCACAUGUUCUGUCUUCCAGAUGUCGUCGAUGCAGACUACAAUCUGCACCCGCUCCUAGACUAUCUCCCAAGCUCCGCGAGGAUGCCGCCGCCGCAACGGUGGAGCCCGAGGACACAGGUCCACCUCGAGGAUCCGCCGCCAUCAUACAAUUCUUACUUGAACGGACUGGUUUUUAAAUUCAUCCCCAACCAUAGAACCGAUGACCUCGUCAGAGAAGGGUCCAAAGAGUCUUUAUUCACUCAUCAUCAUCACUGCCGAAGUAAAGACAAUGAACAGCCUAAAAACCUAGACUACGAAGGAGUAGAAAUGAUUGACAUGCGUAGAUCCGGCGACCCCCCUCACCACCGACGACCUCGUCGGUGGAGGGGAGCCGCCGGAGGACGAUGCUGAAAGACUGGCCUCUCCUGGCGGCGGCUAGGGUUACAGCCGCGAGGAACGAGAGGAUAACGAUCCGUAUACGUGUGUGUAUGUAACAGGUCUUUUAGUUUGCAAACGAAGAUUUUCAAAUCCAGCUGGUCUACUCCCUGCAAAAAAAAAAUCCAGCUGGUCUACGCGGCGACGUACCGCGUAUAUACGACUGGUGAAUCAGGGAAGAACGUGUAGCUAAGACGUCGCCAUGUCACUUGUCAGCAAGAUAUGGCAUGUGGAUUGCGUUGCUAAGUACCAGUAUACUUCCAGAUUAAUUAAUUAAUUAGCAGGCGUGUGACCGUCGUGGCAUGUUCCAGCAACUGCGAGAAUGUUAUUUUUCUUGGCAUGUGGUUCAUAUUAUUUAUUUAUUUAUUCUGAUCUAUCAGAUAUUCAGAAAAACUUGAUUUUGACUGACAAUGUUGAUGGGAAGUUGCCUCAAGGAAGCACGGCACAUCCUGCUCUGCUGAUAUGUAUUCGUUUAUUUAG